CAUUUGGCCCGCCCUCUUUUCUCUACGUCACAUCUUCCCGUUGCAGCCUCUACUCGGGUUGCUGUGGCGACGGCGUUGCAGUCUGCGAAGGCUUUCUUCUCCACUUCGCUUUGGGGAAAGACAACUCACCACGAUGGGUCGUUAUUUGUGAAUGGUGGGUUCAGAUGUGGAGAAUAUUAACCAAACCCAUUUCAAAUGAUAAUUUCCUCUGCUAACUGCAUGAUGGCGACAUUAAACGAAGUGGAUGACACAGCUGUGGAUGACCCAGAAGAGCUGUCAACACAGGAGGAAGCCGUUUGGGAGCAGACACCAGAGAGGAGGCUUGUUGAAGUCCUGCUGGAUAUUAGUGAGGAGGACUUCAUGAAAGAGCUUGAGCCACACGAGUAUCACUGUUACUCUGGUUGGGAGGACGCUGUUCAUGGUUGGGCCAGAGCUUCUCCACUGAGCUGUAUACUUUUGGCUCAGAAGGGGGACAGGAAAUCAAAGCCGGCCUCCCCCACUGACCGAACACUCCCCGACGCCGACCGCUCGCCCAGCGUGGCGGCAGACCCCCGCUGUGAGUCUCGUGUGGGCCUGCAGAACCACGGGAAGAAAUACAUCCCACUGAACCAGCACACGGGAUCUGAGGCAGCUCUGCAGAAAGACGGUUCAGAAUGGCCCUUCGUCAAUUCAGUGCAGAAAACCACGUCGAAACCUCCACUCAGAGAAAAGCCAGAGAGGGAAGGACCGCUUCUUCGAGAGACGCCUUUGCAGCCUCACCAUCUCCCCUCAAGAUACUCGGCCAACAGAGCCACUCAGGUGGUUCCCAUUCAAAACUUCACCUUUUUACCACCAAUUAUUCCGUCAUCCCUGAUUUCCCAGAAAGCCGGUGGACAGCUCUGCUGCGGCAAUAAGGCUCAAGGAGGUGAAACCGCAGAGGUAAAACAUUUCCUCUUCGAUGCGAAGAGCGGGACCAGAGGAUCGAGAGUGGAGCACAUUGCCAACCCAGCGCUGCCCACGUGCUCUGCAGUCCUGACCUCCAGGAACUGGACGUGUCCGCGCAACCCCCACUUGUUCUCCGCUCUGAGUGUUUCUAUACCCGAGAGGUAUCAAGUACCGAUGUCUUCCAAACCUGACACAGUGCACCGCACGAGCUACCAGGGGGCCAGGGGCCUCACGCAGGCCCUCCUCUCCGGCACGGCAUCGGGCGGCCAUUUGUACCCGAGCAAGACUGUGUGUUUGUAGUCCGUUGAACCUGAGAAGUUCAAAUGAUUGGAGAGUAAAAACAACCUGUUUUA